AUGGGCUCGAAACCGCAGCGAUACCGACUUAUCGAAGAUUUGCUUGACCUAUGGCGGCAUGAGGUCGAGGAUGCUGAGCUGAAUACGAGAGGAUGGGUAGUGCAAGAAAGACUGCUCGCGCCACGGGUGCUACAUUUCGGCCGGAAUCAGAUACUCUGGGAAUGUCGGGACCAAUAUGCGGCAGAGAUAUACCCCGAAGAGAUAUCUCCUGAUUUUUGGAAAAUGCCAACGCAUAUGCAUUUUGACGCUCCAUACGAAGACUGGUCAAGGAUAGUGAGCCGGUACUCUCGCUGCAGUUUGACCAAGAAGUCCGAUAAACUCAUCGCCGUAUCCGGCUUGGCUAAGCAGGUUGGCAGCAGAUUGAACGACGAGUAUGUGGCUGGUAUGUGGCGUCAGGAUCUUGCAAUACAACUCUUCUGGUCAACACGCGGGUUUUAUGGCACGCCGGUGUGCGGACCAGCACAGAGCAUUUUCGGGAAGCGUCCUUCGAAAAGAGCACAGCCAUAUCGUGCCCCGUCUUUCUCAUGGGCAGCGACAGAUGCAGAGAUCCGUUACUCGCUUUAUUCGGCUGAAGAGAAUCGGCAUUCUAUUAUUGAAGCUGUCGAAGUUGUCGACGUUCAACUAGAACAUGUAACGAAGGAUACAUACGGUGCCGUCAGUGGAGGCUAUCUGGACCUCCGCUGCUUCUUGAAAAAGCUUUUCCUCCCGUCUGGCCAAAGCCCUUGGGGCGAGCAAAAUGAGGAUCUUAACGGUAUGUACGGAGUCAUCCCUGACAGUUAUUGUGAUACUUUCAGGAGGCUUUUCGUUUUUCUCGAUGACUAUCCUGAGUACUUCAAUCCCGUGGGGAGAGAGGAUGUCUACUGCGUACCUGCAUAUCUUGCUGGUAGUCGCCGCUGGGAUUGUUUAUUGCUGCAGGUCGUGGACGCAGAUGAGGGCAUCUUCCGGCGAUUUGGAUUAGGAUGUGUUGACUUACAGGGCGAGGAGGCCGAUAAUGGUGCUCGAUUUUCGCGCCAGUGCUGUUCUAGGGCUGCAUCUUACCCAUGCCGCUCUUUCGAUGGAGAAAGACAUGUUAUUCGGAUCAUAUGA